CUGUGCUCAUCUCUCCCCAGGAGAGAGUCUCUACUUCGGCUCACUGGCUUCAGGUUAGCCACCAUGGACCAUACAGAUGUAGAACAGGUGACUCUGGCUCUGCUAGAUGCAGCCAACGAUAAGGACUCUGAGGUCCAGGAUCAGGUCAGAAAGUCCAUGUUGACUUUGGGGAAACAGCAGCCAGACAGAGUGUUAGCCAUGUGCCAGGACUACCUGCUGAAACACCCCAAGCUGGUGGUAAGUCACAGAGUUGUGGUUCUUCAGACCAUUGAGCUGGUUGUUGGCUGCAGGAUAGAGGAGAUCAGUGCUCCUAGAAUAAAGAGCAUAAUCUCCCUGGCUUCAGAUGAAAUGACCAGAUCCAAGGAGGUCAUUCCUGACUGGCAGCAGGCAGCCAGUAACAUUUUGGUCGCUGUGGGAAACAAACACAUCAAUGACAUCAUGGAGGAGAUACUAAGCAAGUUCCAGCCAGGGAUUCUACCUCACUUCUUCGUGGUCCAAACAUUGGCCAACCUAUCUGACUCAAACGUUUAUGGGAUGGUACCGUUCCUUAAUGCUAUCCUGGGAACCAUGUUACCAAUGCUGAGCAUGGCCAAGCAGGACAACAUGAAGUGGGUCUUUUCAUCUGCGCUGUGUCAUUUCAGUGAAAGUAUCCUGGAGUAUUUGGCCAACCUCGACAAAGCGCCAGAUCCUACAGUGAGAAAAGAUGCGUUCUCCAGUGAAAUCUAUGCAGCUUUUGACAUUCUCUUCAAUAACUGGUUACAAAGCCGAGAGCCUAAGUUGAGGCUGACAGUGGGUGAGGCAGUGGGCUCUAUGUGUCAUCUGAUGGCCAAUGAUAAACUGGAGGAACAGAUCCCCCGAAUCAUCCCUGCCAUCAUGUCCCUGUACAAGAAAAACACUGAGCACUAUGUCAUCAGUAAGAGCUUGUGUCAAGUCCUCGAAGCCUCGGUCAACAUGGGGAGCAGAGUGCUGGAGACACAGCUGGAUGGUCUUCUCUUAGCGCUGCAUCAGCAGGUUUCAGCUCCUGUCGAUUACACCGACCCUCCUACUGUGAAGAACCACAAUGAAGCAUUGCGUUGCUUUAGCUUGCUGGCCAACUCUUUUCCAGACCGACUGGUUAUGUAUGUUCUGCAGAAGUUGGAGAACACCAAUGAACGAAGCAGGAUGGGCUCCUUAGCUGUGCUUCGUCACCUCAUAAACUCUUCCUCUUCUAUAAUGGAGAGCAAAAAGCUUCUUAUUCUGGCCAGUAUUAGACAGCCAAUGGCAGACCACAGCAACAAGGUGAAGAAGCGUGUUGUCCAGGUAAUCAGCGCAAUGGCUCAUCAUGGUUACCUGGAACUGGAGGGAGGGGAAUUACUGGUCCGGUUCAUCGUUCAAAACUGCGCUUUACACGACACAUACCAGUCCCACCAAAGGCCCAAUGCGGACCCAGAGGAUGUGACCAACGAGGCCCUGAGGGCGAUGUGUGACAGCACCCUCCAUCUCCUUACCACCACUGUUGGCCGACUAGCUGAUGUGCUCUGGCCCAAGUUGCUUUACUAUCUCACACCUUCCCAGUACAGUAUUGCCACUACUCCUCUUUGUAAAAGUCUCAUAGUUUUGGGGAACAAGAAGAAAAGCAAUCAGGAGCCCAGCUUCAAGAUAGACUUCACUCAGGAGGUAAAUCUCCCAUCUCCUCACACUCUGAUGAUCAGACUGCUGGUCAACGCUGCUUUUCCCUUCAACAGCCGAGGUCACGGAGCUCCAUCACUCUCGCUCCUACACAUCCUCAGCAUCAACAUUCACCCCAAUACAGAGACGGUCUGGGAGAAAGAAAUACCUCCUCUUCUUUCACUACUAGAUGAGUCAACAGCAGAGAGUCUGGAUAAGAAGCAGUGGGAUGACAAACUGCUGAAGCUUUUAUCUAAGACCUUGACGUCAAUUGAUGAUGAUAAGUGGGUUUGCCAGUUUGCUGCUGAAGCAACCAGAUAUCUUUCUACAUACAACAACGCCCUGGAGGAGAAGAGCUUCCUGUAUCGAUGUAUCGGAGUGACUCUCCAGCAGUGUUUAAAUAAGGAGGUUGUGAAAAAGCAACUACAGGAAGUUCUCCUCGCGGCGCGACACCAUGAUGCUAUUGAAAGAGAGGGAGUUGCCACUGGUGUUGGUCUGUGUGCCAACAGCCACCUGGAGGGAACCUUAGCCAAGCUGGAUGAGUUUGGCAAAUCGGAUGCCUUUAAAAAGUCACCCAGUAUCUUCAACCUGCUCAAAGAGCGUAAUGAGGUGGAAGUGGAGAAGGUGAAAAGCACAUUGAUCCUGUGCUACGGCCACGUGGCUCUGAACGCACCGUCAGAGAAGAUUCUUAACCGCGUCGAUCAGGACAUCCUACGCUGCAUCAGUAAACACUUCAAUACUAAGGUUCUUGGGAUUAAAGUAGAGACGAAGGACCUGACUAUGAAGCUUAGUUUGAUCCAGAGUAUUGGGCUCAUAGCCAAAGCUAUCACUAGGUGUGUGAAGAAACAAGGCUACAUCUUCUCUCGCAAGCAGGAGCUCAUCACCAUUAUGCUGGAUUUCAUGAAGUCUGAGCCAUCUGAUUCAUUAAGGACUCCUGUACGCCCCCUGGUGAUGACCACCUGUGCCAACCUGAUACCCCUGGACCCUCCGUUAGGUGAGAGUGAGAGCUUUGAUUUAUUGAAGGUCUGCGUGAACAGUGUGUUUUCCCUGCCUCCUGACACGCACACUCCAGAAAAAACAAAAGAUGAGGAGAACCUUGACCCCAAGCAGAGAAAGGCUUUGUACAAAGACACGUUGGCUGCUCUGCAGGAGCUUCUGAGGAGCGUUCUGGCGAGGGAACGCAGUCCUGAUGGCUUGCAGAGUAUCUUUAAGCACAUCGAAUUGUGGCUGAGCUCUGUUCACGAUCAUGAGAGGGAGAGAGCCAUUACUGCCACCUCUAAUCUUCUGGCUUACUAUCUGCAAAACCUAAAUGUUAAGAGUAUGGUCUCUUUCCACAACCUUGGAGCUCUGCUGGGUCGUCUGUCUCCCCGCUGCUCUGACCCUCAGCCGGCUGUACGUGCUGCAGCAGUUGACAGCAUAUAUGCCCUACUUAGUAUACAGCUACGAUACGAAGGGUUCUCUUUGGAUUAUAAAGAUGAAGCUGUUGAAGGUUUACCAUCUUUAAAAGAAGCGCUAGAGAACCCUGAUCAUGCUGUUCUUUACAAGACCUGUUCAGAUCUCACAAAGGUGAUGACUAAACGCCUGCCUCAGCAGCAGCUGACGACCAUGGUCUUCAUGUUGUUUGAAGGGCUGGUGGACAGUCAAACAAACUGCUGCAGAGCUUCGUCCGUCAUCCUGAACACCCUGCUGAAAAACAGGGGAGGCGGACUGCAAGAUCUGGUCCCAGAAAUGUUGGAGGUUCUGCAUGUGCGUUUGCAGAGUAUUACAGAGGAACAGGUGAGGGUAGCAGUGGGGCAGACAGUAUUAAUCCUGGCUUCUCAGCAUCUGCAGACGGUCAUUAAUACUCUAGUUAACCAACCUCUUCCCUAUGACAGCUGGACCAGUGAGAUGUGGAUGGCUUUGGGAGCAGAUCCCAUUGUAGCCAAUCAGAUCAUAGAGAUGGUGAUGGAGAAACUUUCCAUCACGGCGCCCUACGUUGACAAGAAGGAGUCAAUGAUGAGGGGAGGCAUGACGAAAGUGGCGACCAAUCAGCCACUGGCUAUGACAUGUGGUCUGAAGGAACUGUUAUUAAACGGACAUACGCAGGAGCCAGCAGUGGGCCUGUUUCCUCAGCUCUUCUCCUGUCUGACCGUCAGACUGGGAGCGAGCGUUGGAGUCAUGGCCCCGAAGGACAACGCUCAUAAACACUCAGGCUCCCUGCAUGUAGCCGGGGUUGCAGCUGACGCUCUGCGGAUCCUGUUGGCCCGCGCUCAGUUAGAUGAGGUGAUGAAACGACUGGAUGAAGAUAAUGCCUGGGAUGCAAUGAAGGAGCAAAACACACACGUUACAGGGAUAACGCUGUUGGCAAGGGCGUUGGCCAAGCAUGCUGGUCCCAGGUUGCCUGCCAUUGUAGAGAGUCUCUGCCCGUCGCUGAACAACAUCUAUGAAAGUCAAAGAAUUACUGUCACUGCUUUCUUUUCCGAGCUGCUGAACCAUCAUGUUGUGACUGAGCUGAUGUUGAUAGACGUGUUGAUGAACAACAUGAUGGAGAGGAUAUCAGAUCCCUGCUGCACUGUCCGCAUGCUGGCUGUGCGAGGACUGGGCAACAUAGCAGUGGGAUCCCCUGAAAAGGUGAAUAAAUACGCCAAGGAGCUGCUCGCAGCUAUGAGCUCAGGAAUGGAGGAGAAAGAUGAUCCGGGUAAACUGAUUACCCUGGAGGCCAUGUCUGGUCUGUCUAAAGUUCUUCUUCACCUGGACAAGAAGAACGUCCACUUACUGGUGGUCUACAUCUUCAUGAAAAUCAAACCUUUCUUAGAAAGUGAAAAUGACGAUAUCCGCUGUGCUUCCAUCCUCCUGAUGGGCAAUCUGUCCAAAUUUGGCUCAGGGGAGCAGAUAUUCAAAGACCAGAUCCAUAAUGUUCUGGUCAGCUUACUGUUGCACCUGGUCGACCCAAACACACAAGUGGUCAAGGCCUGUAAAUAUGCGAUGCGAGUGUGCGCUCCUGUAGUUGGAUCAGAGCAGAUCACAACCAUGUUUCAGAAUCACCUUCAUGAGGACAAGAGCCUGCACUAUGGAGAGUUCAUCAAUGAUCUCACCAAGUACCUGAUUCAAGACUUUCCCGGCAUGUUGAACUUCUACCACAUCUCCGUCAUCCAGUUCUUUAAGAGCAGCUGGUCUGAAGUCAGAGCUGCAGCAGCCAUGUUUAUAGGGUUCCUCCUGGGAAACAUUCAGCAGGAGCAGCUCUCCCACCUCAACAUGAGCACCAUUUCCAAAGGUUUAGUGAUGCUGCUCCAGGAUCCAGAUCCUGUGGUUAGAGUAAAAGCAGCUGAAGCUAUGGGACACUUCCACUGACACGCCGACAAUCAGCUGGAAGACUAUAAGAAUUAGUGGGUUUGUCUUUAAGUCUAUGGUGGCCAGUUGCCACUAAAUAACCCAGUUUAGUAGAAGAAUCAGGAAUAAGAACUUUUGAGUUUACAAAUGGACCAUUGUACCGUUAUAUAAAGCUACCCUAAUAACUUUAUAUAAUCUAUGAAAACCAAACUGGACCAAGGUGGAAAAAAACUUUAGCAGAAGGGUAGAUAUUAAAUAUUAUUUAUAUUAUAAUAUCAAUCAGUGAACAGAAGGAAAAUCACCAUCAUAAAAAACAAAAUGUACAUUAAGUUAAUAGUUUGUAGCUUUUUUUUUUUACAUUUCACAGAUACUUGAAAGAGACGAUGUUUGAAUUUUAUUUUAACGACCAACAACUGUGUCUUUAUUGUUUACUGUCCAUUGUUGUAAAAUCAGAGAUGUAUAAUAUUCCUAACAGUAGAACAUAUGAUGUAAGGGUAGCAAGUUCACAAUUUAGUAUUUUAUAUAUGGUCUUUAGAAAUGAUAUGCACACUGUAUGCUAGUAAUAAUAAUAUCAGUUUGCUUGUAUCUUAUUGUUGUAUCCUAUUAUUGUUCUCAUAGCAUUUAUUUUAUGAUAAAAAUGCAUGUUAGGAUAAGUUUCACACACUCAAUGAUGGAUUUAACAGUUUUAUAUGUUUAAAUAAUUGUUCCCAAGUGGAAUAUAGUUGAACUGAAGUUUGCAGAGAUCCAAAGUAUUAAAGAUAAACGGUUCUUGGUAGUUUUUUUUUUUUUUUUUGUUAUAGUAGUACUCAGUGGUCCAUUUCCUGUCAGCAAUAACUACACCAACUCUUUAAUGACUACUCUUUUGAUUAAUUGCAUGGUUUAUGUUUGCAAAUGGUUGUACAUUCAAAAUGAAUUAGUUCGUUUGAGCAACGUAACAAGCUCUUUUAACAAAUCAGGUUGGUAGCCGCACUCCACAGCAUGAUUAAACCAACCGUUUAUGAACCGCUGAAGCUACUACAUAUGAAGCGCUAAACUUCUUCGUAUUUAGUUUGUUUUUCUUAAUGAGCCUCAUAAGAUAGGACGCGUUCCUUUUAUUCCAUUCACACUGCCACUUUCUGUGUACAUAUCUUACAAUCGACCUAAUUUCCAACAGUCUGCUUAACUCAUAAGGACACUUAUUAGACAGUUAGUCAUUGUGUUGUGAUAAUAAACCAAGUUGUAUUAAUAACAACUCUUAGCUGCCUACUUUGUGAAAGAACAUCCGAGGCAUAACCAUAGUCUCAGUAGUGCCAAAUAUCCGUUAUGAGUUAUUAUAAUAAUACUCUAGAGAUGCUUUAAUAAGUUUGAAUGUCCCUUCUGAUUCUCGUUAAAUCUGACCGUGGUUAUAGAGGACACAUUUACCUUCGAGGUAGUAAAUGAAUGUAUUAGAAUGAAGAAUGGGACUUGUGUAUAGUCCAAUAAGCAGGUGGCGGCUGAGUGUUAUUUCUCAUAAGUUUACCUCAGAGUUCUUUGUUACACUUUAAACGCCGACAUGUGGUCCCUGAUCUGAGAUUCUUCCAGGCAAGCUGCCAUUAAGUCCCAUCAGUAUCCAGGUGAAGGCGCUGAUAUAAACAUGUCUUAUCCAUCAUAUCGUCUUCUAAAAUAAAUGAUCCAUCUGAUGAAACUCCUGCAGUUGGGUCAUUAAAUAUGACUGCAGGAUGCUUUUCUCAUGGCUCCUUGUCAUAAAUAAUCUUCAAACAGAGACUUGGUGUCUUAGUACUUUUAACACUAGAGUUUAAGAUAUAAUCUAUUUUUCUUUUUUUCAUUAAAGCCUGGUAUUAUGUUUUUUUUUGUUUUUUUUUAACAUGUUGAAUGGAUGUUAGUGUGUAUCUCUAAUGAUGGUUCUGUUUGAAUAAAUAAAUGUGUCGAUGUGUGGAAGUCUGUUUUCAUGUACAUCUACAGAGGAAUGUGUGGACAAAGCCUUCCAGUGUGUUCAAAAUAAAGGAGUUAAAGAAUA